GUUGUGAGUAAUGUCGGCAACUAUUUUCUGCUUCAUUUGUCAUAUAUAAUCCUAGACCUGUGAACCAAAGAACAUAUCCCCAAAAAAUUAAAACGGGAUACCAUGGAGCCUGCUCCUUACAGUGUCCGAUAUCGUAUCUUAUGCGACUUGCUCGACAGCCAUACGGCGCUGGCUUACGACAAUGCCUUCAUUGUUGACGGAGAAUCAGGCAUCUGCCUUGCCGAAGACGAGAAAGCGGCGGUAUUGGACACUGUGCUGCUUCGCAACUGGAAUGGUGAAACAUCGUGUUUAGAUUCUGUCACUUUCAAUAUACUUGAGCGUAAUCGCCUCAAACAUGAUGAUUUCGACGUUAUAGGCUGUUUAGGCGAUGGACAGUUUGGGGUAGUGGAAGCCGUGAGAUUUAAGAUGAGCGGGCAAGUGUUUGCUAUGAAAACCAUCGAAAAGACUGUGGCUAAACGUGCUGGACGACUGUCUUUAUCGCUGGAACGCCAUGUUCAUAGGCUUUCCAAUUCAUCCUCUUUGUCACCAUGUCCAAAUCUGGUUGCAGCAUUCCAGACAGAGCUAUCUCUUCAUCUGAUCACUACCUAUGCUGAAUGUGGUUCUCUGUGGAAUCGGAUGUGUGCCCUCUUCUCUGAUACCAAGUACGCUGGGCGCAUGCUUGAAGGAGAAAUCCAGUGGUGGGGAGCUCAGAUGGUCAGUGCUAUCGGGUGGCUUCAUAACCAUAACAUAGUGCACCGUGACAUCAAACCACACAAUUUUUUAAUUAAAUCAGAUCAUCAUCUACAAAUCACUGACUUUGGCUCAGCAGCCCCACUCUACUUCACUUUUCCUGAUGAAACACCUUGUGUCCCUUGGCAGUUCUGUGUCCAGCCAGUUGGGACACCAGAUUACCUUGCACCUGAGGUACUGAUCUUAGCUGAACAAGCUGUGAUUGAAUCAAAACAAGUGCAUCAAACAUCUGGCAGCCAUAUACUUCAGCAUUCAGAAAAGAAAGGAUACAGCGCCAGCAUUGAUUGGUGGAGUUUAGGGUCAACUCUGUAUGAGAUGGCAACAGGGAAGCCUCCUUUCUUUGCUGAGACAAUCCAUGAAACAUAUGAAAAACUUAUCACAUUCAGAAGUGAUGAUUUGUCAUUUCCUACUUAUCUGUCAUCAGAAUUAGUUUUGCUUCUAAAAGGUUUGAUCAAUGUACCAGUCAAAAGAUUGUCAACUGCUACAAUGAUACAAAAAUCCCCAUUCUUCCAACCUAUAGGCUGGAUUGAUAAUUUUCCCAAAUUUUUUUAUUCACCAUUGGUAUUACCUGAUAUGCUUGGCAAUGAGCAACUUCAGACAAACUUUCAACAAUCAAUCCAGGAAGACGAGUUCACUCUCAACCAUUUCUUUGACUACUCAGACAUCUCCUCAGUCCACCUUACUCCAGUCUCACCAUCUUCUUCUGCCCCUCCUGUCUGGUCCCAAUGGGUUGGCUGGUCAUUCCAUCCUGACCCAAAAAGCCUUGAAGUCAUCUCAGCAGCAGAUAAUUCUUCUGGAAAUGAUGCUUUUAUGACCCCAAUUCGAAAUAAACUGACAACAUGCCCAUUCACUCCAGACAUCAUGAAUCGACCACCUGCACCAUUAUUGCCCUCUACUCACAGCACAAAAAAACAAGUUUUUCAAGAGCUCUUACAUUGUGUACAAAUGAGUGCCAAAAAGCAUAUGAUGAGAGGCAAGGUGAAAACAAAAUCAUUCACCAAAGACACAUCCUGUAUUAGUUUGUUAUCUGAUCCUGGUAUGGUAUUGAUUGAAACAGGAGUUUCACAUCAACAGCUGCAAGAAAGGCAUGAUGUCUUAUGUGGACAGUUACAUCACCUUGAUCGACAGCUGUUCAAAUUGCACAAGCUAUUGAAGAGCUGAUUUGUUCUGGCCUGUAAGGGCAAGGGCUAGAGGAAAAUAGGUGCAGAAAAAUUCCUGAUUUUUCAAGAAUUUUAUUUUUGUUUUGCUGAGACAAGAACAAUGCCUAGUAAAACUUGACUAGUUUUGCAACUGUCAUGGGCCAGCACAGUGCAUAAGGAAGGACACAGAAGUUAUGUGUAGGUCCUGUCACAUGCAGGACCCUGAGAUGUUCAGCAGUAUUGUGUACUUCACUGCAGUAUUUGAUGGAGUUAGUCUAGCUGCCAUUUAGAUAGAUGGCUAUGUGUAUUUUCAUUCAGAUUCUAUACUGUACUUUAUUUUUUCUCUUUUGUUUGUAGCUUUCUGGUCUUUCCUCAUCACUAUCUUGUACACUGCUCUCUGAGACUGUUUGUACGAAGGUGCUGAGUGAAUACCAAUCCAACAGGUUAUGAGCCUUGACUCCCAUCCCUGAAUUACUCCAGACCAGCAUAAAAAUUCAUCCAGUUCUCUAGCAGAAACAAUAUGUCUGAGUCCAAGGAAGUAAUGGCCUUGGCCAAGAUUUCUCCACUUAUGGGGGAAGACAAUUAUAGUGAUUGGAGUUUUGAUAUCCAAGCCUACCUCCUUGGACUCUGUCUUAUGUCCACUCUCCAUGAAACUGCUGUUCUCCAUAUCCCUGUCAUUGUUCCUACUGGUGACUCCAACCAACCUACUCAAGUUCUCAUUGCUGGAAGAGUGAUUCAACUGAGGAGAGUGAGGAUGAUUAAGCAAGGUUAGGGUUCUGCCUGAGGCACAGUAGAAAGUUUUUCCAUAGACAUUCUAUAUACACUUUAUUCCUCCUUUCCUUCUUC